CAGUGUAUCUCAAAACAAAGAGAAAUCAAGCCAGACAAAGCGUUUACUCUACUGACGAACGAACGUAAGAUGAAGACCCUAGUGAUUCUUGCAGCUUUGACUCUAGUCGCGGUGUGGACAGUUGAAGGAGGAAGAGUUCAAGAUUCCAUCGUUCUUCGCGUGUUCAACAAAGAUUUGAGAAUUUCUUCUGCUAAGAUGCACGCGAUCCUCAAAAAGGCCAACCUUGAAUCCCACGGGUUCAAAAAGGAGGUCAUCACUAAACUAGUCCGUCAUCCAGUUAGCAAAAAAGCUGAGUACACCAAGACCUACUACUACUACAAGACGGUGACUUGUGACAAGGUUCUAGAAGUUGAACAGGAACUGGAUAAGCUUCUUGGAGGUGUACUGGGAGCGAGCGUUUAUCGCAAGGCUAAGAAAGACGUCAAUAACAAGAAAAUCGGCGACCCAACGAAAACCUGUGAAUCCGGAGUUGAGAUUCAUUUUAGAGAACAGCAGCACUGUGGGAAAGAGGCGGACGACGGAGACCAGAACAAACGUGUUGCAAAGCGGGAUUGUGGUUGCUGGUUUUGUAGCUGCAAUGCUUGUUCGAGAAUAGUUAAAUACUGAUAAUUGUAAAACGAGUGCAAAAGUGAAUUAAGAUAUAAGAUAUUAAAGUAACUUAAUCUGG